GCUGUAUGAUAUUCCGAAGAUUGUAUUGAACGUGUUCGAAGAGAAGCAGCAUCUUUUAUUCUAUCUAAUUCACAUCUGACAGUUUGCCGGACAUUUGUGUAUAUUAGAUCUAAUAAUGUACAGUUCGACAAUAACCGAAUAUGAGGACAAUAAAAAUCGAAAAUCAGUGCAACCGGGAACAAAAAAUGGUAGAAAUUCGAUCCUCGAUCAACCUCCGAAAGAGCAUAUACCGGCGGUGCAGCCAUUAAUUUGGCGCAAUGUCAUUGGUAUCGCCGUUCUCCACUUCGUUGCGAUCUAUUUGUUCGUUACUCGAUAUCACAAGGCGACCCUUUGGACCUGGAUAUGGUCAACUGUAUACGGAUAUACGGCUGGUUUGGGCAUAACUGCCGGCCUUCAUCGUCUUUGGGCACAUAGGAGCUAUAGUGCCAAAUUGCCACUCAGAAUACUACUCGCUUAUUUAUACUGUAUGGCCGGCAUGACUCAUCCAUCUAAAUGGAUUCGUGUUCACCGAACUCAUCACAGAUACACGGACACAUCUGCAGAUCCGCAUAAUUCUAAUCGGGGCUUUUUCUUUUCGCAUGUUGGCUGGUUAAUGAUGAAGCAUCAUCCGGCAGUCAUACAAUAUGGUAAAAAUGUAGAUAUGAGUGAUAUUGCUGCCGAUCCUGUGAUACGCUUUGUCGACAAAUAUUAUUCGCCGAUCAUGUUGACAUUAACUUUUGUCCUGCCGGCUAUAGUACCGGUUUACCUAUGGAACGAAACCUGGGAGAUAAGCAUAGGCGCUGUGAUUAUUCGCUACGUGUUAUUGCUGAAUUCGACUUUCUCCGUAAACAGUUUUGCUCACAUGUGGGGCAGUCGACCGUAUGACAGAACUCUUAAGUCAACGGAGAAUCCUGUGGUGUCCCUCUUUAGCAUGGGCGAGGGUUGGCAUAAUUAUCAUCAUUGCUUCCCGUGGGACUAUAAGGCCGCGGAACUUGGCUUGUACCGUCUCAAUCUGACUACCGCCUUUAUAGAUUUUAUGAGUUGGUUGGGUUGGGCGUAUGAUCUAAAGACACCAAACCCCGAUCUCGUCAACAAAUUUUGUGCGACUAAAGGUGAUACUACGACAGGUCUUUCAAGAGGCAAGAUAAAUAUCUCCAAAAUAUCAAGUAUUGUUCAAUAAAAAAAAAAA